GUUGUUGGUGCAACUGAAACGACCGGUUGGAGAAAGAAUUGGUGCUACUGACCAUGCCGAUAGUGAGGCUGUGACAAUGAACUAAAACUCAUCACUUCCCUUUGGUUUUCCUAUAUAUAAUUACGUUUCCUCAGCUGCAUUUGGCAAGGCUAGCUUGGAUGUUAUUGAAGGUAAGAAAAUUCAAAAAGAGAAUUUUUUUUUCAAUGAGUUUUGCAUAGACAGCAGAUUGAAGGAAGAAGAAAGAAAAGAUGGGUUGGAAAUAUAAGGGAGGUUUGCUUCUAAUUAUUGGUGUCGUAAUCAUGUGGGUUACCUCUGCAGAGGUCACUCAGGGUGUGUUUGAAGACUAUGGACAUCCAUUUGCCGUGACAUAUCUUGGAACCUCUCUUUUGGCACUUUAUCUGCCAAUAGCAUUCUUUAAGGACUGGUUAGUAAAGCAUCUGAGAGGUCGCCCUUGUAAUAGUGCCAAAGGCCCAAAAGGGGUUGACAGGUCCUCUGUAGAACUAAAUUCUCCUGCAAAACAUGAUGACAAGCAUGGCAAUUUUCAAAUUGAACAUCAAGUACCAGUGCCUGAGUGUGUCAUAGACCUUUGUAUCAAGGAGGAGGAAAAUCCCCUGGUUUCUAGACACAAAGAUAUUGUGGAAGCACCAAAGCGAGACCGAAUGCUUAGCACAAAGGAGAUUGCUGCAUUUGGCUUUUGCAUGGCUCCUAUCUGGUUUGCAACAGAGUAUCUUACGAACGCUGCUCUUGCAAGAACAAGUGUUACUAGUACAACAUUGUUGUCCUCAACUUCAGGAUUUUUCACUUUAUUAAUUGGGGCACUUUUGGGUCAAGACUCCAUUAGUACAGUGAAAGUUGUUUCAGUUGUCAUUAGCAUCGCUGGUGUUGCUAUGACUACACUUGGAACGGCAUGGGCUGCAAAUGAACCAAAAUCAGGCAUUAACAAAAGUGGGAAUCAUGCUCUUCUAGGAGAUCUUUUUGCUAUCUUCUCAGCUAUGAGUUAUGGACUGUUUACAGUUUUGCUUAAAAAGUUUUCUGGAGAGGAAGGAGAAAGGGUAGACAUGCAGAAGUUGUUUGGCUAUAGUGGAUUGUUUGCACUUGUUGCCCUUUGGUGGCUAGCGUGGCCUCUGAACGCAAUUGGUGUUGAACCAAAGUUCACAUUUCCUCAAUCAGCUAAAGUGCAAGAGAUCAUCCUUAUAAACAGUUUUGUUGGGUGUUUUCUAUCUGACUAUUUCUGGGCAUUGUGUGUUGUCUGGACCUCUCCGCUGGUAGCUGCACUGGGCGUUUCGCUUACCAUACCUAUUGCAAUGUUGGAAGACAUGCUAAUUCAUGGUCAACGGUAUUCAAUAAUCUAUAUGAUUGGAUCAGCUCAGGUAUUCCUGGGAUUUCUAAUAGCUAAUAUUUCAGACUGGAUAUCAGAGAAGUUGAGAUGGUAAAGCUGUCAUUCUCCACCAAAGACUAUAUAAUUGGCCCAACCUUAAUGACGCAUGGCCCCCCUGUAGACUACGUAUGCAGUAGUUUUAUCAUCUGGCUUUGCUGGAAAGGAUACUAUUAUAUUAUAGUAAUGCACUAAUGUUAUGAUGUUUCCUAACUAGUGGCAAGCCGAAUGAAAGUCUACCUGUUUUGAGUUUCCACGUUGACAAAUUGCAGCACUUUAUGAUUUAGGUUUUUGGGAUAGCUAUAUAGAAUUAGUACAAUUUAAUUUUCCCUCCUUUCAACUC